AUGGUAUUUUUGUGGAAGAUAACUGAAGAAAACGGAGAAACAAAGCGAUCUUUCAUUAAGCAAGAGUGUAUCAAUUUUGGAUAUGAAGGUUCUUAUCCUGCUUAUACUUCAGCUUCUUCAUCCCCAUCAACUGUCACACAACCUUUACCAGGACAACCACCAUUACCUCCUAUGCCUCCUCCUUCUAGUGGUGUUCCACCACCUCCUCAUGUAUUUGGACCUGUGCCUUCCCAAGUUACACCAUUACAAGCAUGGACACAUCCUCCUGCACCAUGGCAAUGGAUAACACCUCAAACAUCACCUUUACCACCUCCACCUCCACGUGAUAUGACUCCAAGUUCAUUUCAAAGAGAAAUGCCUCUAAGAGGUAACUACAUGAGACGCGAAAGAUUUACUCACAAUAAGAGUAAUAUAUUUGUUCAAAGAAGUAAUUUUCAUCGUAAAAAUAGAAGGCUUGCAAGGUUUGGACAAAGUCAGUGUCAGUUUGAUCAAGCAGCCUAUUUUGGUGCAACAUUAAGUAAUAGUCUUGGUUUGGAGUGGCAAAGAAAUAAUUACACUACAUCUACAGGUGAUACAAUCAUGAAUCACAUGCCUGUUCCUCUUCCUAAUCAUUCUUUACCUCCUAUACCUCCAGGUAUUUUGACAAGUAGGCAUGGAGAAGAAACCUCAGAUCAGGAUGUUAAAAUUGUUUUGGAGGAAGUUGUUGUUAAAAAGAACAAACAAAGGAAACCUAUGUCCCAAAGUUAUCCUAGUCGACCAUGGAAUAGAGAAGAUGCAGAAAGAGCUUUGAAAAUUGAAAAUGAGUACAAUAAAACAGUUAAAGCUCAAAGUUUAAUAAUCAAGUUUCCAGAUCCUGAUCUAAACAAAGAUAUUGUUAGAGAAUUUCAUCCUGGUAUACAGAAUAUUCACUUUCAAAGUCCUAGUGGUCCUAGAUAUUGUUUCAUACAGAUGGCAGAAAGUGUUGAUAUUGGUGAAGCCAUAAAAGAGUUGGAAAAAAUACCUUUUGGAGUAGGUCAUUUAAAAGUUGAAAGAAAAUCCUUAAGGGAUGAAGAUAAUCCAAUGCCAGAGGAAAUAGAUCCUUACACAUUAUACAUAGGAAAUUUGCCAGAAUCUGUUAAUGUUAAUGAAGUAAAGAGUAAGUUUCCAACAGCUGCUCGAGUAGAUGUAGGGUAUGCACAGAAAAUGAGGAAUACUCGAUAUGCUUUUAUAAGGUAUAACAGUGUAGAUGAAUCUAUAUCUGCUUAUAAACAAGCACAUGAUUUAAUGUGGGAUACCAGAAGUAUUAUUGUUAGGUUUAGAAGGCAGCGCGGUAAUACUUGUCUUCCUGGAGAGCCUAAACCUAAUGUUAAAAAGGUCAAAGAAGAACCAAAUAGUAAUUCACAAGUAAAGAAGGAACAAAAACCUAAUCACACUGAUAAAAAUGCGGCAAAAUUGGAAACUAAUGUAGAAAAUAGGUUACAAGAUAAUUCUAGUAAAGUGCAAAAUAAAGCAUCAUCUCAGGUUCAAGAACAAAAUGCAAAUGUGCAAUCGUCUUCUUCCCCUACACUAACUUCAAUUGCAUCAGCUAAAUCAGCACAACAACAACAACAACAACCAUGGACUGGUAAAUUACCUCAAAUACCGUCAGCAUCUGAAGCUCCUCCACCUUGUUCAACUGAAAGAGAUUCUGUUACUGAAACCAUAAUGCUUACUGAGAUUAAGGAAGAGCCAGAAGAUUAUGAAGAAAUGGAUACAUCAUCUAAUAUUCGAUCUGAUGAUGAGAUAGAUGAUGAUGUGGAUGAUGAUGAUGAUGAUGAUGACGACGAAGAGGAAGACGAUUCAGAUGACAAUGACGAUAAUGAAGACGAUUAUGAAGAAGAAGAUGAUGAGGAAGAUAUAGAUGAAAAUGGAAGCUUAUUAUUGGAUGACAAACCGAAAGAAAUCGCAAAAGAUACCGAACCAUCCGAUCAUCUUGACCAAAUGUUCAGUGAGUUGGAUAACAUGGCUGGUGAUAUCGGUUUUUAAUACAUUUAACAAGUUGAACUCCCAC